AUGGAUUCCGCCAUCUCCAAGCAGCUGGUGGACAAGAUGUACGAGAAGCGGAAGGCGGCAGCCCUGGAUCUCGAAAAACAAGUCCGGGACUGUCACCAGCAAGGAGAUGAACGGCGCAUCAGCCAGAUUAUUGAUCAACUCGUAGAGAUGUUUAGCAACCCAUCGAACCCACUACACGUGAGGAACGGAGGAUUGAUAGGUCUCGCUGGAACUGCUAUUGCCAUGGGCGUCCAUAUAGCUCCCUACAUGGAUAAAUUCGUUGAACCUUUGCUGGUCUGCUUCACGGAUCCAGAGAACCGCGUACGGUACUUCUCAGCGGAGUGCCUCUACAAUGUUGCCAAAGUGUCGAAAGGGGAGAUAUUGGUAUACUUCAAUCCUAUAUUUGACGCUCUGAGCAAGCUUGCGGCCGAUUCGGAGCUUUCUGUGAAAAACGGUGCUGAGCUGUUGGACCGACUCUUGAAGGACAUAGUGGCGGAGUCCGCCUCUGUUUAUGUCCCUCAAUAUGCGGAGACAGAAAAGAUAUCAAAGGAGGCCGACGAGGGUGUUCUGGUACCUCAUCCCGUAGACGGUCCGGGCGGGUAUCCUGGGGCUAGAAAGGCGUUCUCCCUGGCUCGGUUCAUCCCUUUAUUGAAGGAGCGAAUUUAUGUCAUCAGCCCUUUCACCCGCAGUUUUCUCGUGUCCUGGAUCACAGUCUUGGAUUCUGUACCAGAGCUAGAACUCGUGACCUAUUUGCCGGAGUUUCUGGAUGGUCUAUUAAAGUACUUGUCCGAUCCCACCGAAGAUGUAAAGAUCCAGACUGAAAACGUCCUUGCGGACUUCCUUCGAGAGAUCCGCGAUGUCACCCUUGUGCGCAAGCGCAAUGAGGAGCAAGCGCGCCUGAAGCAGAAAGCUGAUGCAGCUGAAUCCAAAUCACAGAAUGACGGUGAGAAGAAUUCCUCGUCUGAUAUCACCCCAACGCAUACGGAGAAAGCUAUGUUCAUCUCGGAAAGGGAAGACUCAAUUGCUGGAUACGACAGCGAUGAAGCUACGAAAGAGGACUUGGGGUCUACAUCUGAAUUGCGGGAUACAGGCGCAUGGAUUCCUGGACAAGGGGUCAAGAUCGAUUACGCCGCCAUAGUCGACAUACUCAUCAGUCAACUUGAUGGUGACCACGACGAAAUCCAACAGUCGACCGCCCUAAGGUGGCUCGCAGAGUUCUUAAACUUCGCACAGGAAGUGAUAGUACCUUUUACGCCACGGCUCAUCCCAGCCAUCCUCCCGAACCUCGCUCACCAUGUUCCGAUGAUCCAAUCCGCCGCCAAUCGUACCAAUCAGCUUCUCCAGAAGGUCAUCCAAAACCUACCUACUCCGGACACCGACGCCCACCCAGCACCUGCCGAGCGAUUCACUUCAACACGGCCUGUUCCAUCAUCACCAACUCCUCUGGCUAUGUCACCGCCUCCUACGCGGCACUCAUCUGUGGGAAAGGAUCCCAGUGUGCCAGAGAUGACUCCUGUAGACAACGCCUCGGAUGGAUCUGGCCCGUCUUUGCAAUCAGAGCGACUGACUACAAAAUCGAGAACGAACACUCAGCAGUCCGAGAUUUCAGCUCUGAAUCCCGUGGGUCCGUCGCAACUGGAACUGAACAGGCCGCAUUCACCGAGUAUCAGCAUGUCCCCCACGCAACUAAGCCCGUCAGAUCCGGAUCCGUUUGACUAUCAGGCCACCGUGAAUGCGCUGACUAUCCAAUUUCUGAGUGAACACGAAGAGACUCGCGUGGCGGCUAUGAAGUGGCUCAUCAUGUUGCAUCAGAAGGCUCCUAACAAACUCUUGACCAUGGACGAUGGCACGUUCCCCGCCCUCCUGAAGACAUUAUCAGAUUCUUCUGAGGAGGUCAUCAAACAUGAUCUGCAAUUGAUUGCCCAGAUAUCCUCCACAUCGGAAGAGUCAUACUUCAAGUCUUUCAUGAUAAAUCUUCUUGAAUUGUUCAGCACAGAUCGGCGACUGCUGGAUGCUCGAGGUAGUCUUAUCAUCCGGCAGCUCUGUGUCAACCUUAGUUCCGAAAGAAUAUACCGAACAUUCGCGGAAGUCCUGGAGAAGGAAGACGAUCUUGAGUUUGCGAGCGAUAUAGUGCAGAAACUUAAUAUCAUCCUAAUCACUGCUCCUGAACUGGCAGACUUCAGGAGAAGACUGAAAAGCCUUGAGACCCGGCAAGAUGGUCAAGCACUGUUUAUCACGUUAUAUCGUUCAUGGUGCCAUAACGCUGUAGCAGUGUUUUCACUUUGCCUUCUAGCACAAGCAUAUGAGCAUGCAUCCAACCUUCUGCAAAUAUUUGCAGAUUUGGAAAUCACUGUGCAAUUGCUUGUGCAGAUCGAUAAACUGGUACAACUCAUCGAAUCUCCCGUGUUCACGUACCUUCGACUGCAGCUUCUGGAACCUGAAAGAUACCCUCACCUCUUCAAGUGUCUGUAUGGGCUCCUGAUGCUCCUGCCCCAAAGUUCCGCUUUCAUUUCUUUGAGAAAUCGACUGAUGGCGGUGAACUCUAUUGGGUUUCUGCACAUUCCUAACAAACCGUCCGCUGCAGCUUUUUCAUCCCGAUCAAAGAUAAUCAAUCGGGACGAGAUCAAAUGGCAGGAAUUACUGUCCCAUUUCAGAUCAGUGCAAGCUAGGCACGAGAAGGCUCGUAGGCAAGCCGUUGGUAGCGAUGCUCCGUCCUUCCCGGCAUUCCAAGCCGGAGACAAGCCCAGUGGUGCUAGCUCGAGUUCCCAACAAGGCUCCACGACGCGUCCCCCGGUUCGUCGAAGAGUUACAGGGGAAGUUCCUCCUUCACCACCUCCCCCUGCGAGGGGCGGUGGCAGUAUCCUUUCGCCCCUGAACCCCAGAGCACGGGGAGCCAACGGCUUGCUUAGUUCUGCUCUGACUAGCUCAUCCGCUAGACCUGCGAGCCCCACCGCGUUAUUGCAGCAAGGGCAGUCAAAGGCAAAACGGACGCUUAGCUUGAGUAGGAAGACUUGA